AUGGACGGCAGCGAGACCGACUCGUUCCCAUCACCAGAUCCUCAAGUCAUACUUCAAAAGCUGCUAAGGCAGGCACAAACCGGAUCGCAUCCACACCACGACUCCUCCCCAGCCUCGAGCGACGAUGAGGAGGACCACUCAUCAGCUAGCUCAGCCGGUAUUGACGCCGAAGAGAGCGAUGGUGUUGAUGAUCAAGUAGCAUCUUUGCAACUCUCCGCCGCUCCCACUGGCUCCUAUGACCAACUGUCGAUCACACUCUCCCGCCUAACCGCAGACAGACGAGAGCUCUCCACCCUCCUCUCGGCAAGACGACACCUUACCACCGCUCAAAGGCGCAAUUCAACUCACAUCCGAGCUCUCGAAAAGUCCCAGCAACUCCUGCUCAAAACUCGCGAUGAGCUCAAAUCGGCACUCAACUCUCUCGAUCUAGCUGACAUCGUCGAUGCUGAAGAUCAAUCUCUCGAAGUCAUCCGCACACAUCGCUAUGCGCAAGACGCCGCCUCCAUUUCUCCUUUCUCCGCCAACAUGGUCUAUCAGAUCCCCUUGCUCCGACUGCAAUCUAUCGAGCGGGCCGAGUACGAUAAUGCACUAGGCAGCAGGGUGUGGUUAGAAGUCGAAGAUCGGCAGUUGAGAGCGGCGGUGAAAGCUGCAGCACUGAAACAGCAUACGCUUGCUCUGGCGAUGGAUCCCAAGUUCAAGGGUGAUCCCCUAGCUGAGGCGGCCAAGUUGGAUGAGGUGUCGGCCUUGAGGCUUGCUGAAGAGAUCGAGGACAGUAAACAGCCACAGAGGGGAUUUGGGAGCGGGAGAGGCGAUCAAGGUUUAGAUUGGGCAACGAUUGCGGGCAGAAUACCAAGUAGGAGUAUUGAAGAACUGAGGACGAGGUGGAAUGGUGUGAUCAAGCCUAGUGUAAAUAGUGACGCUUGGGGGAAGCACGAGGUUCAGGAUUUGGUUCGGAUCGUUACGCCUUAUUUAGAAGCUCAUCUCGCUCGGGGCACACAACAAUCGAGCUCAUCAGCGAGUGAAGCUCCAGUCCCGUGGCAAAAAGUAGCACGGGAGCUAGGGACAGAUCGCACAGGCUAUGCAUGCUUCGUAGCCUAUUGCAGUGCUAUUGUUGCUCGUGAUCAACCCGAUUUCACCGCGGAGGAGGAUGAAGAGAUCAAGGAACUUUUCUCCUUGUUUCGUGGUGCAUGGCGGUUUAUUGCUCUUCAUAGCAGCGCCGGGCUCAAUCUCUCCCUUCCCUCCUCCUCCAGCACCGCUACUGGGACACCUCGACCAGCAAGUUUGUUGGGAAAAGUAGCCCGAGAAGCACAACUCGUCUACCGCCGAUUCCGAAACACAACCGACCCAGCACUGGCGACCGGCAAAUGGUGGCCUGUAGAAGACGCGCUGCUCAUCGAAGCUGUGUGUGCAGUCGGACAAGAGAAUUGGGCUGCAGUUGCGGCAAGGGUACCAGGUAGAACUUCAAGCCAGUGUAGAGAGAGGUGGGUGAGGAGGUUGAAGCAGGUCCUCGAGGAUGCCAACGCGGUCGCAGCGGAGAAUCAAGGCGACAGAGAGGCGCUGGACGUAGAAAGAUUGGCAGAAAUGGUGAAGAGCAAGAAAAAGACAAACUGGACUCAGGAGAUGGAUCAAGUGCUAUUGGAGUGCUUAGAUGCAGACAACGAGUUUCGGGGAAAGCAAGGGAGAAGUUUUGCUAGUAUAGCGAGAUGGGUGGCGGACAAGGUGGCUGUACCUUUGAGCGAUAAGAGCGUCAGAGAUCGGGUUGUGUAUUUUAGGAGGACCAGGGGGCAGAGCUCUCAGGGCGGUGCGAGUAAGAGGUCUGCUUCGCAAGCUCAAGAGGCGGAAGAAGCAACGGUUGCUCCUGUCACUACUACUGACACUCAUGGGGGAGAACAGGCUUCGACCACAUCACAGCCACCGGAGCAAGCGCCUGCAACAAAAGAAGCAACCAGACAACGCACAGCUAUCAUUCCUGGUAGCAAGCGCCGUAAGCUCUAA